ACAAACCCAGCACCCCACCAGCAGCUCAAAAAGAAAGGACAAUGCCAAACCAACUUUCUCUCUCAUGCAUUUACAUGCACCCCCUUUCUCUUGCAUGGACAAUGGUCCCCCUCACCUCACCCCCCCUAAACCCUAAGCUAGUAAGCACAUGCCCCUAAGGGGUACCCUAACCAGAGGUCCUGACCCUUGACCCUAACCGAACCCACUUCUUCAAACACCUUGUCCAAUAAUUAAAUCCCCAACUGCCAAGCCCUUUAACCAUCUCUAGACACAUCUCUCAACGGAGAGACUUACUGGGAAAUUACUGGUAGAAAAGAAUGAUGGCCGUGGCCAUCAAUGGGUGGAAGAGAAUUACAAAACUUCUACUUCAAUGCUUAUGCAGGGUUUCAGCCUCCUUUCUCUUUCACUUCUCUCAAUCCUUUCUGAUCUCAUUAUUGCCUGUUUUGCUUUUUGAGCCUUGAGAAACGUGCUCUAGCUUGGUAGCUGUACGGCCUCUGGCGCCUGCUCCCUACUCUACACGUUCCACCUUGGGCUUUGCUAUAUACAUUGGAUUAGCAGGAAAGGGCUCUGUGUUUUGAAACUGUGCAAUUUGUGUUUUGCUUUCUCAGUUUCCCUGUUUGAUCCGUUCCCUUUGGAUCUUCCUUUCCAAAUUGCCUGCUGGGUCUUUUAAGAAUAUGGGUUUUGGUUUGGAUUUUGCCCAUAGCCUUUCACCUCCAUAGUUCUGCUUCUAUUCCUCUGUUUUUUUCUCCAGUAUGGAUCUCUGUUUUUUAACCCAAAGCCUUAAUGAGGAUUCUAUGGGCUCCAAAAUCAUCUCAUCUUCAGUAAAGAAUUGAGAUACCCAUUUGGAUCACUGACAAGGUACCCUAAAAUUUCUGGAAGAAGCCAAACCGUUACAUUCUGGGUUCCCCUGUUUCUGCUCUGUUUUGAGACUCUUUCAGGCAUAUUUUUGGUUAAGUCAUCCAAUGAAGAAUUUCACCAAUAUCCCCCGGGCCAUUUCGGUCGUCGUCCUGCUUUUCCUGUGUGCUUGGUGCGAAGGACAAGAAGAGACUUCAGCAGCACCAAUGGAGAAAACAGAGAAAGAGGCUUUGUACUCUACUAUUCAGGGUUUUGUUGGUAAUUGGUGGAAUGGAUCGGAUCUCUAUCCAGACCCUUGUGGCUGGACCCCUAUCCAGGGUGUCUCUUGUGAUCUCUUUGAUGGCUUUUGGUAUGUCACUGCCUUGCAUAUUGGCCCCCUUGAAGAAAACUCUCUUGACUGUGCCCCGGAAGUAGAAUUUAGACCUGACUUGUUUGCUUUCAAACGCUUAAAAUCGCUCUCGUUCUUCAGUUGCUUUGUCUCCCCCAGCCUCCAUCCAGUCUCUCUCCCUGCCGAUAGUUGGGAAACACUUUCCAGCAUCUUGGAGUCGUUAGAGUUCAGAUCAAACCCCGGUCUCACCGGACAAAUUCCUACUGGUUUUGGUCACCUCAGAAACCUCCAAUCUCUCGUGCUUCUAGAAAAUGGAUUGACGGGAGAAUUACCGGCAAACAUUGGCAAUUUAACCAACUUACGAAGGCUAGUCCUUUCUGCCAAUGGAUUCAAAGGUCAGAUACCAUAUAGUUUUGGUGGGUUGGAUAAGCUCUUAAUUGUAGACCUAAGUAAGAAUUCACUAUCAGGGCCUUUGCCUUCGACUUUCGGAGGAUUGACUUCACUAUUGAAGCUUGAUUUGAGCAGCAAUCAAAUAGAGGGGAAGAUCCCAAGUGAAAUUGGCAAUCUAAGGAACCUAACACUGUUGGAUCUUAGCAGGAACAAUUUCACAGGUGGGUUAACUCAAUCACUUGAAGAACUGUGUUCCUUGGAAGAGUUGCUGUUAUCUAACAACCCAAUUGGUGGGGACCUUUCGAGUGUGGAGUGGCAUAGGCUUCAAGGGCUGGUAAUUCUAGAUUUGUCCAAUCUGGGGUUGACAGCUGGCAUUCCAGAUUCCAUAUCGGGGUUGAAGAGGCUGAGGUUCUUGGGUCUGAAUGACAACAAGCUCACAGGCAAUCUCUCCCCAAAGCUUGCAGCCAUGCCCAGUGUUGGUGCAAUUUACUUGAAUGGCAACAAUCUGACAGGGGAACUUAAAUUCUCUGAAGGGUUUUAUGGGAAAAUGGGGAGGAGGUUUGGGGCCUGGAAUAACCCAAAUCUUUGUUACCCAAAUGGGGUGGGAGGGUCAGCAAGCCAUGGUCCAUAUGGGGUAAGACAAUGUCACCAAGAAGUCACACUCUACGGGGUUGAUCCAGAUUCCAAAUCCAGCUUGGGUAAUGGUCCUAAUGGAAGUCUGAAUCAGAAUUCCCAAUCCAUGGCCUCUUUGGGGUUCCCAGUAUAUGGUGCUGAUGUGUUUGGGUGCUUAUUUCUGGUACCCACAUCAAUAAUGAUUCUUCUGCUGUGAGUUCCCCCCCCCCCCCCCCCCCCCCGGAUGGAAUCAGGUUGAGUGCAACUAUGUUCAUUGACUUUUGUAGUUGGUGAAUGUUACCCGUCGUUUCACAACACUAGAUAUCGAUGGAAUCGAUAAAAAUUGAGCACUGGAGUGAUGGGUAAUGUUCGCGUCUUUAAAGUGGUGUACAUAACUGCACUCGAUCCUGUCUGUUGGAGGAUGAUAUAAAGGUGUUUAGAUUGACCAAUAGCUUUUCUAUCCUUUUUCCUUUGGGUUGGUGAUUGAUAUCAGCUAAUAUGUGAUGUUUAAUACAUGCUCGCUUUGGUAGUUGAA